CUACUCUUCUUAUAUGUGAUGACUGUGAUCGGGCGUGGCAUCUCGACUGUAGUUCACCGAAAGUAACUGAAGUUCCACAAGGUCCGUGGUUGUGCUCCCUUUGCGCACAAUGCGAUUCAUGUGGAGAAAAAGCCACUUCUUUGAAUGAUGCUGCUAACAAUUAUAUACAUAAAGAAGCAAAUUCCGAUAAUUCGGAUUACCCUAUUUACCUAGCUACAAUUUGUAAUAGAUGUGAUCCUCUCAUCACUCCUGAACGAUAUAAAGAGCUGGUUGAAGAAGAUGCUAAGUACAGAUGUCCGUUAUGUGAUGGAAGAAUUGAACCUCUUAAAGAAGGAGACGAGGAACAAAUUCUUGCUUUGUCUGGUUCUCCCAUGGCGAUUCCCGCUUCCUCAAUUUCUCAAGGUCGAUAUAUUAGAGGAAUCGUGAACUUUAGAGGAAAGAAUGUUGCAGUGCCGGUGAUUCGAGGAGGUGAUAGAUAUACUAUGUGA